AUGGCUGGAUCUCGCCGCUCGUCGGCUAGAAAGAACUCGCGCGCCACCGCACCUCCUGCCACACCCGCCGCUGCCACCCCGGGCCCCAGGCCCUUUUUCGACCCCUCAGGCCCAGAGUCUCGCGUCGUCAACGAGAUGCCGGCCGGUGCCAAGGGCUUGGUGGCAUCGCGCUGGGCAACCCCCAGCACUGCUCCUCAGCAGACGGCCGCUCCGGCCCCCGCCUACGCCACCGUAGUGGACCCGGCAACGCCCUUUCUCGAACCCUCUGGCCAACAGUUUCGGGUCGUCAACGACAUGCCUGCCAGCGCCAACGGCCUGGCAGCAUCACGCUGGGCAACGCCCAGCAACGGCACGCAGACCGCCGCUCCCACCAUUACCCCGGCCGCCAUCACCCUCGCUGCCAUCACCCCCGUCGCCAUCACCCCCGCUGCCAUCACCCCCGCCGCCGCCCAAGCGACGCCCUUUCUUUUACGACCGGGCCUCCAGGCUCAUUUCAUCAACCAAAUGCCGGCCGAUGCCAAAGGCCUGGCGGCAUCCCGCUGGGCUUAG